CAGGUGAAAAACAGUUUAAAUCCGUUUUAAUGACAUCACAUCCGUGUUCUCUGCUGUGAUUGGUCGGUUUUACCUUAGAGUCAAAUAAACCUAACGCCUGACCUCAGACAGAUCCAUCUGGUUGGAUAAAUUGAUCCUUCGAUUGAUCGUUACACCUCCAGUAGCAGAAAUUUCUCUUUGAGUCUCACUGGAUGAAGUUUGGACUAAAGAUGUUCUGGAUCCAUUUUAGGUCAGAGGAUCGGAUCGUUAACGAUGAACCAAUAUGGAUUAUGAAUCGUAUCGUCAACCACUAGUUAUCAUAUGAACCGGGUUUUUGUGAAAACAAUAAAGAUCAGCUGAAAUCUGCAGAAAAUGUUAAACAGCUGAAAGUUUCUGAAAACUUUCCUCGCCAAACGAUUUGGUUUCUUUCUUUAAAGUUUCUUCCAUCAGGACUCAGUCAGACACGACGCUUUCGUCCGUCACCGCCACUCCAAACGUUUCAUCACUUCCCAGGUCAACCCCGCCCCCCACCUUCACCCCGACAGCCAGUACUGUGAACGGCCCUACCUCAACUGCGCCGGACGUUCCGCCCGGCUUCACCACCGCUGACGCAGCAUCCACUGAGGCGCGUCCUCCUGUCGCCAUGACAACCACAAGGAACAACACCACACAGCCGAAGCGGUCUCCAAACCUGGUCCAGGUCAACACCACACCCGGGAGCAGCGCCUCUACUGCGGGCUCCCAUGUCACCUCUGACCCCUCGGUGCCGAUGAUCGCCCACCUAUCAGCAAACACCAACACAACCAGCAACCCGGCGGCGUGCAACUGCCAGGCGGUCCCCGGGUGGGCGGUAGCCCUGCUGGUUCUGGCUUCUGCGGUUCUGCUGCUGCUGCUGCUGCUCGCACUGCUGCUGUGGUGCUGCUGCAGGACCAGGAGGAAAGGCCUGGUGGUGUUUGAGCAGCAGAGCAAGCCCCGCGUUAUCCCUCUGUACGACACCCCCAACCGCUGGGACCAGACCAACGGGGGCAACCAGGACGCGUUGGAGAAGUCGACCCGAACAGGAAGCUACAACAUCACCGAGCAGUGACCCCUACAGGCCAAUCAGCGGAAUGAAAACCCCCAAAACGCUUUAUUUAUUGUCUGCAAACAACUGUUGCUUCAAAUAAAAAGGUUUAAAAAUGGA